AUGGAGUUUACCACCCGCUUUGGGCUGCAUUCCCAAGCAACCCGACUCCGAGAAGCCCCGGGCCCGGCGCGCCGGGGGGCCGCUACCGGCCUCACACCGUCCGCGGGCUGCGGCCUCGAUCACAAGGACUUGGGUCCCCCGAGAGCGCCGCCGGGGAGGGGGGCUUCUGUCGCAAGCCCAAAGCUGUGCCGCCGCGCCGCCCUGCCCGCGCGCUCCCGAAGAAGCGUGCCGACGGACGACCGGACGGCCGGCUUCGCUCCACCUGCCCCCUUCCCUUCCCUUCCCCCCCCCCACCUCCACCUCGCGCCCUCGCGCCAGGGGAGGGGGGACAGAGAGAGAGACAGAGAGAGAGAGACAGGACGGAGACGGAGACUCCCAUCCCGGAGACGAGAACCGAAGAGCAGCGCGGCAGAGACGGCCCUGACAGGGUGCCGGGCCAGCCAGGCAGCGCCCGGCGGCCUCGGCGGGGAGAGCGAGAAGCGCGACGGCGCGCUUACGCCCCCGGGGACGACGACAGAAGGGCUCGGGGGAAGGAGGAGGGGGUCACCCCCCACCCCACAGCGCUCACGCCUCGCGCGCGCGACAGCACGGCACGGUACCCACGCGGGGGACGAAGACCCUGCGCGGCAACAACGACCGCGGCCGCGACGACGACCAAGCCCACCGGGCCGCAGGGAAAGAGGGAGAGAGGCCACCGAGGAAAACGCUUCCCUCGCUGACCGCCGCACCACCUUCCCUCCGGGCACCGGCCGGCCGCCGCCGCCGCCACCGCCGCCGCCGCUGACCGCGGGCAACGGGCCUGCGAGGGGAGACGCCACCUCGCGUGCCGUCUUCCGGAGGCGGCCCAGGCGCCCGGGCUCGGCCCGACCUCCACACGGAGAGGCUGAGCGGCAACGCGACGGACCGCGGGGCCACGGCAACCCGGCCCGGCCUCUUUUUCACGGGACGACACGCGUUCGCGGCCGGGGGCGCGACCGUCGGCCCCCGCUCACAACUCGACUCCCUUCACCGCUCCGCGGACUCGGGGAACACCGCCGCGCCAACCGCGGGGCCGGCUCUCCCCGGCGACCUUACAACGCCCGAGACCGCCACGCGGCGUCUACCGCUCCACCAGCGCACCCCUGCGCGGGACCGCUCCUCCCCGUCAGAAGGAGAGCAUCUGGCAGCCACGCUCCGCCGCCGGCGCCGGAGGCGGACGCCGCCGAGACCCGAGCCGGCAUCGCGAGCGCCCGAGGCCCGCCGGUCGGCAAGACCCGGCGCCGCCACGGCCGCACUCCCGGGACCGCCGCCGCCGCUUCGCACCGUCGGGGCCCCUUCCGCGAGCACGCGCCCGGCGGCAGGUGUACGGUGCUGAGCCGGGGGGCAACACCCGCUCCCCUCGUUUCCACUCAGGGACCGGGUGGGGAAGCGCCCCCGCGGCCGCCCGCGGCACCUGCCUUCGGCCCACACGCGGCCGGGAAGGGCAACGGGGAAACGACGGGCAGGGCCCGGGCCGGGACGGCCAUCGGCGACGGCAGGCUCCUUCCGGCAAGACCAUCCCCCCAGGGGGGACACCCGUCGAGCGGCGACGCCGCCAACUCGGCACGGGGUCGCCCGCACUCGCCGGGCCUCCGGCGACGGAGGAGACAACCCAGCGCUCACCCGGUCGGGAGAGCGGCCAAGCCAGGGGCGGCCGGCGGCCGGCAGCGCCGGUGCGGUUCGAGGAGAAGGCCGUCGAGGGAAGAGGCGCGGUCACGCCUGACGCGGCGCCGCACGCGAGCCUGCGGCGGCGGCCGAGGGGAGAGAGCGCGGCGGGGCCCGGCGGCCGCAACCCCGCAGCUCAGCACCGCGCCACCGCCCGGAACCCGCGCCGCCGCCGCCGCCGCCGCCGCGGCGGGGCGCGCCGAGCCGCCCGAGUCUUUAAACCUCCGCCCGGCUCGGCGGCCCAUUCGACUCCCAAGAGGCGUUUGUCGACGCCGAGGGAUCUCGGGGACCGCCGAGGCUCGGAGCGCUAGGUACCUGGCCCUGGGGACCGCCGCGGCUCGGGCCGCCCCGCCGGUGCGGGGACACGGCCCGGCCCCACCGAGAACAUCGCGCGCCCCACCGAGAGGCCACGCCGACGACGGAGCGAGGGUCGCCGCCGUCACCGGCCGCACCUCCCCGGUGGCGGGCUCGCAACCCGCGCGCCCACCCGCGAGGCGCGACCCGGAACGCCUGGAGGCCCGGCCCUUGGAGUUCCUCCGUCGCGCGAGGGGGACCGCUCGGCCAGGAGCGGGAUUUUGCCGGGCGGCAAAGCCCCCAUCCCCGGUGCGGGAAGGGCCGGAGGAGCCGCCUCCUCCGAGCCCCGAAGGCCUUCCCGCGCCCUCUCGGCCCCUCGCCGUACGCCAUCGGCCGCCGACGAGCCACGGCCGGACGGCCGGCCGUCGCCCGGCGGGCGAAGAAACGAGGGGAAGGGGCGGGUGCGCCUACGGGAGGGGCCGUGCCGAGCACCCCUCCCUCUCGCACACGGGCGGCUUCUCGCGCGCGCCAAAGGAGAGCCGGGUUCGGGAGAACUCGAGCCGCGACCGCGCGGGCGCCCGCGCGGGAGGCCAGCACCAGCGACCGGCGUUCGGCGGCGCCGGCCGCGGCGGCGAAGCUCGGGACCGGCCGUGCCCCCGCCUUGCGGCGGGGACGGACCGACAGCGGACCGGCGCGGGGAGGAGAGUGCCGCGCGCCCUCGACUCUCUCUGGGGCGGCGCGCGCGGCGCGCGGCGGGCCCGGCAACGGCCGCCGCGCCGUCGGGAAGGGCGUGUGGCCCCCCCCCACCCGGUACCACCGGCCGAGGCCGGCGGCGAGUGCGGGAGGGCCGAGCGUUCGAACGGAGCGGGCAUGCGAGACGCCGCGCACGCGGCCGGCCGGACGGCCCGGCAGCGUGGCAGGCGCCAGCCCCACCGGUAA